CAUGGAACGGUACUUGAGGUUUAAACACACCGGUCAAAAGAGAAUUAUUAUAUAUUGAGGCGUGUAAUUAUUACAUGAUGAGAGUCUUAGAAUUGUACAGUGGCAUCGGAGGAAUGCAUUAUGCGCUUAAAGAAAGUGGGAUACCUGGACUAGUAAUUGCAGCCGCUGACAUAAAUACAGUAGCGAAUGAGGUGUAUGCCCACAAUUUUCCAAGUGUCAAUAAUAUAAACAGAAAUAUUGAAUCAUUGACAGCAAAUGAGAUUCGGAGCAUGAAAAUUGACACGAUAUUGAUGAGUCCACCCUGCCAGCCUUUCACACGAGUUGGCUUACAGAAAGAUUCAACGGACAACAGAUCUUCAUCGCUUUUGCACGUGCUUACAUUGAUUCCUGAAAUUGACAUUCUAAAGCAAAUACUGGUAGAAAACGUCAAAGGUUUUGAAAGUUCAGAAUCAAGGAACGCAUUGGUGGAUUGCCUGGAAAAAUGCGGCUUCAAUUACAAGGAAUUGAUUUUGAGUCCUUGUCAGUUUGGAAUUCCAAAUAGCAGACACAGAUACUACUUGUUGGCUAAGCGAAAAAUGUACAAAUUCUGUUUUAUCAACUGUGGCUUGGAGUAUUCGCUGUCCAACGAAUUGAAGAAAGUAUUGCCAGAAGAUCGUCAUCUGAGGUUGGUCAUCGAGGACAACCAGGCGGAUCGAGAGCCCUCCAAAAAUUGUUACCCCCUUGAUCGAAUAAUUGAUGAAAAUAUUGACGCGGAAGAUUAUUCCCUUCCAGAAAAAUUGCUCAUGAAACGAGCCUCUGUGCUGGACAUUAGAACCGCUGAUUCGCGAGGCUCGUGCUGUUUCACGAAAGCUUACGGACGUUACGUCGAAGGCACUGGCUCUGUUUUCAGUCCAUUUCCUCAAAUUGUUGUCGAUGAAAAAUUUCGUGAGUUCAGAAACCGUCUCCGUGAAAACAGCGAAGACUUUACAAGACCUUUGACCGACUUGAAAUUACGGUUUUUUACGCCGUCAGAAAUAUCGAAGUUAAUGUGCUUUCCCCAAUUUUUCACUUUUCCAAAUUCCACAACUAGAAAACAGAAAUAUAGACUUUUGGGAAAUUCCAUAAAUGUUCACGUCGUAAGCCGUUUGAUUUACUUACUCAAUCAGGAAUAAGUGCUUGUGAUAUUCGUCCUUGUCGCUGUUUGUUUUUUUUGUUUUUUUUUUUUUUUCAAUAAACAUUAUAUUGUUGAUCUUUCAGAUAUAUAUGCUAUUAUUUUGAUUUCGAGUAACCAAUUAAAGAAUGACAACUCUGAAUGAUUCAGUCGAUACUUUUAAUUGCAUCGUCAAUGGAAUUUUUUAACUCAACAUGUGACAACCAGCAUUGCUGGUUGUCGUUAAAUUUCCAAAAAUGAAUUUUCAUGCUUUUAAUUUAUUUUUUUUUUUUUAAUUCCUACUCGCUCGCUAGCAGCGCACGUCAAUCAAAAUCUUGUGAUGUUUUUCAAUGAGUUCAAAAGAAUCAGAUUCAUUUAAACUUACGUAUAUUGGCGUGUAUAGUAUAUCCAUAAAUAUACGCCUCUACUAUUAAAUAUUGCUAAUCAUUUUCGCAUUGAAACCCUUUUAUGAAAUUGAAUCUCUUAUUUGAAUUCCUUUUUCAUUUACCUACCUCAUACAGACGCGGGAUAAUGGGAAAGGGUGCCGGCAAGCCCGGUCGUUGUUUAUUCUACUUCAGUCAAAUUUGUGUUUGCUUUAUCUUUGCCUGCUAUUAUUCUUUUUCUAUAUAUAAAUCACGUCGAGCCAUCCAAAUGUACUCGAAACCCUUGUCAAUCGUCAUUAAGAACAACUAUUCAAGUAUUUAUUUAACAUAUAGUCGUUGAAAAUUCGAACUAUAAUAUUUUCCCGUAUGCCCAGGAAUAAAUCAUCAGAUGAUUUUUUAUUCUUUGCUCCUAAAUUUCGAUAAUAGAGAAGUUUUCUAUUCGUAGAGAGAAAACUAAACGGUUCUAUUUGCAUGCUAUUACUGAAUUUAUAUAUCUGCGCUAUGUUGAGAGACACGGAAUAAAAUAACUGUUUUGAAAAUUUGUUUGUCAAAAGAAAGUCGAACGCAAUGCCGAAAGAGUUUUGAUGAAUAAUUCGCAAUAAGAUGCCAUUCCUCAACCAUCGGAUGAUCUAUGUCAGCAUUUUAUAUGAAAGUUAUUAAAGAAUAAUGAUUAUUUAAGGAGAUUAAUAUUUGAGAAUAGAAUUUGUAAUUAAGGUGGCUUGGGCUAUGCCGAGAAAACUUAAAAGACAUCAGGAAGAAUAUCCUGUUAGCUGGACGCUGUGCCAGGAGACAUGGUAUUCGAAACGGCGUUGGCUUUUCCAGGGAAGUGUGAUAGUUGGAUUUUAUGCCACAGAGACUAUAAUAGGGAAACAUGUAGAGAGAUUAUAAAAGAAAGAUUGGAAUAAAAUGAUAAAUAACCGGC